AUGGCCUCGCAGAAGGUAACCUCCACACUAUCCUUGACAGCCUAUCCAACCACCCCAAACUACUCAGAUGACCAGCAAUGGAUAACUGCAUACCUCGACAUUCACGCUCUACCUGAUGCCAGUUAUGUAUACGUUUACGUCUUGUGGUUCGCCAUCGCGCUGGUGCUCGUCCUACUUUCCUUGUUACGCCUCACUGGCCUUGGCAGCGGGUUCCUCGGCGCGUAUUGGUAUAAAUGGGCCAUACGCCGAAGAACAUGGAGGAAGAAGCACACCCUCCGGCUUGCGCAGAGCAAGGGUGAUCCGCACAAACAACCCCACUCUCUGCCGUCUAAUGCCCAGAUAUUGUCCCUUUUCGUUUUUGUACUUUUAAUCCUCCUGUUGACAUUUGCUGGCCCAGACUAUAUUGUCUCGAGUAGCCCUUUUUUAACCUCCACACGCUCUCCCGAUGCAUCCCCACUUACACAAUAUAUACCCAACUACACUAUUAACAAGGCGUGGUGGACUUCUGGAAACAGGACCGGGCUAAUUGCUUUCGCCCUUUUCCCGCUCUGCGUGCUCUUGGCCCUCAAGUCUCCCCCAUUCGCCGUACUCGCGGUGCCAUUUCUUGUCCGGUUAUAUUUCGACAAACUGUCCUGGGCACACAAAUGGAUCGGCCGUCUCAUCUGGUUUUUCACUGCGCUGCAUGUCGUUCUUUGGAGCGUACAGCUAGCGGUCGAGCGUAGAAGCAGCACUGGGAAGACAGUGUAUAUUUACGCGUGGGGCUAUAGAGACUUCGUAUAUGGAUGGGUUGCCUUCAUUGCCCUAACGCUACUCGUCGUCAUGUCCUUCCGUUCUGUGCGCAAUCUACAUUACGAGAUAUUUUAUGCGUCGCAUAUCCUUUUGGUACCCCUCACUCUGGUAUUUGCUGCUCUGCAUCACUCACAAGUAUGGUGGUGGUGCUGGGCAAGUCUUGCGCUUUGGGCGGGAGAGCGUCUUUGGCGAUUGAUGUGGUGGUUCCAAGCCAAUGGCUACCUUGGCAGAAUGCUCUCGCCAACCGUCCCAGGCAAAGUGCAUAAUGCUCCGGUGCAAGACAAUCCUCAGUCGGAUUUAUGGAAGAUGAAUGACAUAAGCCCCUUUAAACCUAUGUCGCGGUCUCCAAACGGUGACAUAUCAUCGAGCCCGGCACUUUCUAUCAACAUGAAUGUAGGCUUUCCGCAUCGAGCCGGUUUUAUAUUGGGGGAGUAUGUCCCUCCCCCCGGAUUCGCGCACGCGGAACUUCUUUCGGGUCGCACGAUUCGCCUCCGACUUAUCACGCCCGGAUAUAUCCCCUGGGCACCAGGGCAGCACUUUCUGUUGCGGAUCCCUGCCAUCUCACAAGUCACGACACACCCGUUCACAACUGCUACAAUUUGCGACCAGACUGUAUCUGACGAGGGUCGCGAGCUUGUAUUUCUUGUGCGCGCGAAGAACGGCUGGACGAAGCGCCUAUGGGACCUCACCGCUCAAUGUAUGGCACAGGGACUCUCAUGUGCUCCUGGAGAGUCCCUUCCAACCGGUUACCGGGCCCACACCGGUGGAGUGUUAAUGCGCGCAUAUGUGGACGGACCGUUUGGCUCAGCAGUCCGGGCACGCUGGUGUUCGUAUUCAACAGUGUUGAUCGUUGCUGGUGGUUCGGGUGUCAGCUUUGGUUUGUCGGUGCUGCAGUAUGUGUGUCACAUUCAAUGGUGCGCGACCUUCUUGCGUCGAUGUAUGGAGUUAGUGGGUGCACCUGAACUGCAGAUCGACGUCUUCGUCACGAACUUCAAGACACCUCUCGCCACACCUCUCGCCAAAAGCAACGCCCGAUCUGAGGCACUCAGAAAAUUGGAAAUGGGUGGUGGACCUGCACCUCCCACCUCUCACCUCGAUCGCUGUCAAUCCGAUCUACAAGACAAUGAUUCGUGUACAGAGGAUAUGUCGCCUGCGGAAAUUGAUGCUGGUAGCGUCGUCGACCUGAGCUAUUACACGGGUGAAGUUGUUGAGGGGGGCGAGCUGGGACACGAGGAGCAUGUACUUGACCUCACCAAUUUCGAGGGGGACAACGAUCAAGUCAUUCCUGGUGAAACACAGUUUAGUAUUUCGGUGAGAAAGGAGGGCAGACAGCGCCGAGCCGAGUCGCAAAUACUAGCUAGCGGACAGCAACUGACCGAAGAGGAGCCGGAUAAAGGGGAAACAAUUCCUCCAGGCGGGACUACCGUGCGUCUGGUCGAUUCAAAAAUGUCGUCUCUGUGGAGAUUCGGAGAGAGACAUCAAGGUGAUACCACAUCUCCUGCGUCUCGCGCCUCUGAGAAAGUGGUAUCUACAUCGCCCACCCCCACCAGUUCAUCUUCGCAGACAGCAUUCUCGCCACAACAUCCCGCUUCACCCAUCUCCGCAUCUUCUUCCAGGACCCUCUUCAAUACCGAUUCUCUUUUCCCGAACAUGAAAGCGCAAAACAAAGGGAAGCCUCGAGAACGUGGCUCUUCUGCACCGACAAGCAGAGUUCGACCGCUCUCGACAGCCUCGUACCUAACCGCGUGGUCCAAUAUGUGUAACGAGGCAGCAUUGCCGUCGGCGGUGGAAUUCGGCUGGCGUGGGGAACAGCUCAGAAUCAAACCGGACGCACAAGAACUGCAGGACGUGGGCAUUGUCUCUGAACACGCACGCCCUGGAAGACCCAAGUUGGAUCGUAUCCUUGCGGAAGAAGUGCGCCAGGCGCAGGGCGCUAUUGUUGUCGGAUGUUGUGGUCCCUUGUCGCUGAACGCAAUGAUGCGCAAGACCGUCGCAGCUCAGAUCGAUCCGGACCGAAUCAGAAGAGGCGACAUGAGGGGGUCAAUCACUCUCAUUUCAGAACACUUUGAGUAUUGA